AAAAAGGUCUCCUAUUCAUCUCAAACUUGUUACUUUGCAACAGCGAUGGCAGAUUGUGUGCUUGUGUAUCUACUUUUUGUGUGUGGAGUCUUUCAAACAGGUGCAGCAGCAGUGAUCCAAACACAGCAGACUGUGCUGGCAGCAGUGGGAGAAGAUGCUGAAUUCAGCUGUCAGCUCUUGGAGACUAAAGUCGUCCUUCAGGUCACAUGGCAGAAAAUCUCAGCUGGUGGAGAGACAAAUGUUGCCACAUACAACAAGUACUUUGGUCAGAGAGUAAAUGACGGCUUUAACGAUAAAGUUGAGUUUAAAUACACUGGACUACAGAACUGCUCCAUAGUCAUCAGGAAUGUGACGGAGCAGGAUGAAGGAUGCUAUCGUUGUCUGUUUAACACUUAUCCUGAAGGAGCCUUUAUUGGUAGAACCUGCCUCCAAAUUUCUGGUAAGAACUUUUACCUUCUUUAACCACCAACAUGAGACUCAAACUAAUAUAGCGGACAUGAAAACAUAUAGCAGCUGGUGUGUUUGUAAGAACAUGUUGAUGAUAUUUCCUGAUCCUUCACAGAGCUGCAUGAACCUGUUGUUGAUGUCAGAGAGUCAAACUCUACUGAAGAGUGGGUUGUUUCCUGUUCAGCCACUGGUCGACCUGCUCCCACUGUAACACUCAGUGUCUCACAACAAGACCUCAACUUCUCACAGUACAACACUGUCAGUGUGUCCAACACCAACGCUACAUUCACUGUCACCACUACAGCUGUGCUCUCAGGUUCACGUAAACACAGCACACAGGUGGGAUGUGCAGCACGAGUGCUCUCUGCUCCUCACAGA